AUGCCACGUAAGCUACGUAAGAAUAUACGUAAGAGGAAGCGAGCAUUGAAACAUCCAAUAGUAAAACUGACACCACAACAACAGUUGCAACAACAAAUUAUGAAUGACCCCACUAUGUUGCAACAAAUGUCAAGCAAUCCUAUGCUUUUAAACCGAGUUCUUGGUGCACAGAGUGGAGGUUUAAGAGCGGCACUUUUAGCGAAAAUGGCAGGCUAUGGUGGAGCUGCAGACGGAACAGCCUAUAACCCUCAAAGUCAAAUGAAUUUGAGUUCACUCAAAAAUCAAAUAACAGAUGUCAAAAAGUCAAACAUAGACAUACAGAAGCAAAUAAGUGAAAACGAAAAGAAACUAGAAUAUGACAGACACACAAAGAAACUCAAUGAGUUUCUUAUAUACGAAAAAAAGAGAUCUGACAUUGUGUCAGAUCUCAGUAAAAGUGACAUUUACAUGUCAAAAAAAUAG